ACUUUACCUUACCUUACCUUACCUUACCUUACCCAACUUCAAUUCUAACUCUCCCAUUUCAGUAAGGCCGCCGUUAGUUCUACCAAUUCAAUAUCCCACUUCAGCUUAUGAAUAGCCGUUAGAAGCUAUGGCGGACCAGUCAAUCAUCCGCAUCACUAAGGAAAUCGGUGAGCUCCAGAAGAGUUCAGACCUUUCUCUCGCUGUAGCCUUUCGUGAUCGCGAUGUUCGAAGUGUCAAGGCCCUGAUCAUCGGUCCUCACGAGACCCCGUACGAAUUUGGAUUCUUCGAGUUCUCGGUGAAAUUUAACAAAGACUACCCCCGGAAGUCACCUGCCGUCACGGGAACAACUACCAACAGCGGACGAUGUCGAUUCAAUCCAAAUAUCUAUGCCUCAGGGAAAGUGUGCCUGUCAAUUCUCGGUACAUGGCGAGGAGAGCGAGGUGAAGAGUGGUCCGCCGCUCAGGGUCUAGAGUCCAUCCUACUUUCAAUACAGAGUCUCAUGUCAUCGAAUCCGUACGAGAACGAGCCGGGCUUUGAGGAUGCGAACGAAUCCCACGAUAAGAAGAACCAGAAGGAAUAUAUCGCAAAGAUCCGCCACGAAACAUUACGCAUCUCUGUGAUCCAAAGACUGGAAGAAUACUUGGGAAUCACAGGAAGCUGCCUCUCACCAGCAUCUGCAAUGGAACGGGAAGAGUACGGCGGCGACGCGGACGACGAUAUGGAGAUGGACGAUGCGAGCGUUCCCUGGGAGCCAUUUAAGGAUCUUUGCAAGCGUCGCUUCCUCUGGUACUAUGACUCAUACCUCGAGACUAUUACCAAGGCAAAAGAAGAGGUCAAGGACGGUCAGCCGUUUGCACGCAUGCCUUUUGAAGGGGCGUCUAAUUCUAUGGACGGGAAGUUUAAUUACACCGAACUUGAAAAAAGAAUACGUCGGAUCAAGGCUGCUUUAGAUGCGGAGUCCGAAAGGUGGGCAUCAGAAGGGGCAUCUCCUAGGAUGAAGGAUACUACCGUUGCCGUUAACCUUUCACGGCAAUUUGAACAGAUCAAGGAAUCCUUUAAGCGCAGCGAUGUUCCCCACAGCGUCGAGCUAGUAGAUGGAAACCCCUUUGUGUGGAACCUCACCUACUUCGGACGACCCAUGACGAAUUUAGAUGGGGGUAUGUUUCGAAUCAAGCUCAACUUUAGUCCCCGCUUCCCUGAAGAACAGCCGAGAAUCAAAUUCUUGACGCCUAUGUUCCACCAUCGGAUUGCAGCAGAUGGUACACCGUGCUACUUCCCGAAUUCUAGCCGCCGUGAAGAUAUCAAGCAGCACAUAGAAGCAAUCAUCGAGGCUUUGGAAGAGGAGCAACCCCCUUACGAUCCAAGAACAUUAGUUCAUCCCGAGGCCCAUAAGCUUUACUGGGGCACCGCCGACCAGAGAAAGUUAUACAACAGACAGUUGCGCAGAUCGGUACAAAGAAGCAUGGAAGACUUCUAGCGUUCCCACGAGUAACGACUAUGGAUGACUACCCCGGGUAGCAUGUGAAUGGCUUCCCCGGUUGUAUCAGAAGACUACCCAGUGUCGGAGGCUAUCAACCUCCGUUUCCGUUAGGUAUGGCGCGGGUGUUUAAAGGAGUUCUUAGCAACACGUCUAUUCCUUGACGUUCCAGAUAGGAACGUGAAUGUACUCUCAACGAUUCCAGGUCUCAGGGCUUAAGAAUAGGUACGCCGCUGCCGAGAUGGACGGCUUCUAGACUAGGAUUGAUACCUCUUUUGCUUUCGCGGGCUACAUGAUAAAUACGAUGAAUUCAAUACAAAUGCCGCUAUACGUUUCUACCGAUGUAUGCUGACCUUCACUAAUUCAAUACGUAGAACGAUUAACUAGAAAUUUAUAAGAUCAUGU